AGGCUUGAUUGAAAGGAUGGGGCACCAGAAGAGCAAUAGCUGAAUAGCCGAAUGGCUAAUGAAGGACGAAGGAAGAUGAAAGACUCAGGCCGCCCCAUUACUGGGGCGAGUAAGAGGAGAUAGUGCAUGGAAGAGGAUCGAGGGAGUAUGCUCCCAAAACCAAAUAUAGUCAAGCAAUCGACUAGGAAGAUGAAGCGGGCAUAUCCCGCUAGGGAGGUGAGCUUGGAGCAACAGUUAGAUAUGGAGGAGCCUGCUGCAUACUUUAAUGUCGACAUAGGUGCUCUCCUUUCCUCCCCAUUCUCACAUCAGAUUGAAGAUGAUCCACUGAUUCAGCAUGGAUUGAACUCGGAGGACACUAUUCUAGAGAUUGGUGAGGAUAACCCUUUCCCUGAAUCUGGCGGGAACCAGUUUGAGUUAAAGAGCAGGAAAACAUCGCAGUAGUUGGAGCCCAUCGGGCUGCAUGGUGGAGGAAAAGUUCGUAAGGCAUUCAAAUCCCUUGAAAAGGGGAUCAAUAAGGGAGGAGUGAAGGUGAGGAAAUCUCCCAGUGCGUGAAUGACUCAAGGGGGUGGUCUGUAUGAACUACUAAAGGUGUAUGAGUAUGGGUUGAAUUUGACUUAGCCGGUUUUGGGUGAUCGGAAGAGAACCCUACUCGAAGUAGGUGGUGAUCAGACAGAUGAUCCGUCCCCAAAGAGGCAGUUUGCCGAGGAGGAGUUUGGUGCUGAUAUGGUGGAGGAAGCCAACCAAAAGUGGCCCCAGGCGGAUAAAUGAGAGUCUUGGCC